UAAUGCCCUUAUCCCCAAGUCUCUGCCUUCGAUCCUCCCUCUCCCCCAACCUUCCAACCAUCACCGCCGCCGUCCGAUCUCUUGGCGCAUCUCUCCCUCACACCACCAUGGCAGAAUACAUCGACCCAAACUCAAAAGAUGCCCCCCAAACCCUAACGAAUUACCCAAAACCCAUCUCUCCGCCAUUGCCGGCCAUUUCGAAGCACAUAGAGCAGAGUAGAGCCAUGUCCGCUUCUUCAAGGUCCAGCCUCUUCUCUCUCUGCAGAAGCGAUAUUCUCUUUGAAGACCAGUGGCUGAUGGCCGUGAACAAGCCUCAAGGCGUCUAUUGUGAGACGAUUUUGUUAUCGGUGAGUCGGAUGCUCGACGACUCGGAUGGACAAGAUUCUUGUAGGAGUCUCCAUCUUGCUAACAGGCUGGAUCGUGACACAAGUGGUGUAAUGGUUAUUACCAAGUCCCACCAAGUAGCUGCCAAGCUCAUGAAAGCAUUCUCCGACCGCAAGGUCACAAAAACAUACCUCGCCCUCUGCAUUGGUGCCGCUCCAAAAUGGGAGAAAAUAACCAUCAAGUCCGGCCAUGGUCGAUCAAAAUUCGGAGCCUGGCGGGUUUACGCUGCAUCAGACGUGGGUCGGCCACUACCAAAUGCUCCAGCCAUCAAAGACAUGGUGACUUCAUUUGAAGUAUUAUCAGUAAACGGGCAAGGAAACGUCAAAGAGCUACCUGAAUCUAGAAAAGCCGACGAACCUGUUCUAGUAGUUGAAGAAAGAUCGGUCAUAGACAGUAUUGCGAGGCAGGAUGAGAUUCUGGUGAGAGCGUUUCCUCGCAGCGGACGAACGCAUCAAAUUCGCUUGCAUUGCCAGUACCUUGGGAUUUCCAUAAGAGGGGAUGUGAAAUAUGAGGGUGUCCAUGAAUGGAAAGGGAAAAUUUACGACGGCCACGAGCUUCAUGCAGAGAGCUUGUCAUUUGAGCAUCCGGUCACCGGUGUUGCUGUCGCUUUCCAGGCACCUCUCCCUUCAUGGGCGGUCCAGGCAUUGCAGCCAUCACCACAUUAAGCUCUAUCACUAGCUCAUUGAUCAUCGAUUUGGAAAUGGCAUGGUAAGCCAAUAUAACACCUUCUUACUUACUACGUGUAAUUUGUGUAGACUCAUUAGAAUGUGAUUGGAUUACAUAUGGAUUUGGUGAAUCUAUUAGCUUGUAUUUGGCUUUUAGGAAAAUUUGAGGGAAAAUUUUCUAUAACCAAA